AUGGCUUCCAUAAUAACAACAUGCAGGCGAUCUUAUGAUUGCAAACUGACAAAGAGGACACUGCCACAGUUGGCCCAUGUGUGCUCCCCGGGAACCUUGUGUGACCGAAAGGCCGUGAUAAAAAAUGCCGACAUGUUGAAGGAGAUGCAACACGACUCGGUGGAAUGUGCUACACAGGCAUUGGAGAAUUACAAUAUCGAGAAGGAAGACAUCACGGCGCACAUCAAGAAGGAGUUUGAUAAGAAGUACAAUCCCACCUGGCACUACAUCGUGGAGAAAAACUUUGGUAGUUAUGUGACACAUGAAACUAAGCACUUCAUCUACUUCUACCUGGGCCAAGUGGCCAUUCUUCUGUUCAAACCUGGUUAA